AUGCAUCUCUCAUCUCCCACUUUCGAAUUCUUUGUCCCGUCGGUUUAUGAUGGAACCCAGCUGGACUGUCGCAUAUAUCUCCCUCGCGAGUUCCAACGACUAGAGAGCGCAUCGAGCUGGCAGAAACGGGGUGCUAUAGUCGCUCACCCAUACGCUUCGCUAGGUGGAUGCUACGAUGACCCGGUCGUGGGGUUUGUUGGUGGGGAGCUUCUUAAGGCUGGAUAUGUCGUGUUGACAUUCAACUUCAGGGGGGCUGGUGAAUCAGAGGGCCGUACCAGCUGGACAGCAAAACCCGAACUGGCGGAUUACGUUUCUAUCUAUGGAUUCAUUCUGCGUUUCUUGCAUGGUCUGAGGGUAAAGAGUCUUUCGACGCAAGCCGACGAUCUUACGGCAAACUCGGAGAAUAGCACCGCAGAUGUACGAAUCAUCCUAGGAGGUUAUUCCUACGGGUCAUUGAUCGCUUCACACCUCCCAAAGAUUGAUGUCAUCAUGGAGCUCUUCAGAAAACCUUCCGACGGUACCGUAGUACAGGAGAUCUGCAAGGUCGCAGAGAAUAUCGCUGCAAGCUCAAUAGAGAAACUUCGCACUCGAGUCGAAAUGCCGACGUUGGGCAAGUCCAGUUUCACCGAUGAUGGAAUGAAUUCUACGAAAAUCACCAAACCCGCCAUUUCAUAUCUACUGAUUUCGCCACUUCUACCGCCUGUCAGCUUUUUCUUGACAGUAUUCUCCAAAUUGUCGCUGGAUGUAGGAGUUGGGGAAUCUUCCAAACAGAUUCCAUGUCCCAAACCUGCCGACCAACUAUGUGCGAAUCGAUCGCUGGCCAUUUAUGGAAACCAGGAUACCUUCACGUCCGCUAGCAAGCUACAUAAAUGGUCAGGCGAGCUCUGUAGUGACCCACGGAGCAAUCUACAGUGUCGUGAGAUUGAUGGAGCCGGACAUUUCUGGCGAGAAAAAGGUGUGGAAGCGCAGGCAAGAGACACCCUGCGGAACUGGCUGCGUCAGAUGCCCUAA